GGGUUUACGCCUCUCCCAGCUUUGGGUGGCGCUGCGGGGGAUCGGGGGUUUCGGUCCGGCUCCUAGCUUGCUUCCUCGUUCCCCUGGAAACCCGGUGUGCACCGUCCCGGAGGACAUGGCGCGGCAGUGGGGGCCCUCCAUGAGGGCGGCCGAGCGGGCGGGCUGCGUGGUGAGCGCUUCCCGGGCCGGGCAGCCCGAGGCGGGCUCGUGGAGCUGCAGCGGCGUGAUCCUGAGCCGCUGCCCGGUCCUGGUGCUGUGCCACGGGGGCAUUUUCACCCCCUUCUUGCGAGCCGGGAGCGGGGCGCUGAGCGCGGCGGGCGCUGCCUUCCUGCCCGGUGACAGUUGCGGCGACGACCUGCGCCUGCACGUGCAGCGGGGUCCAGCAGCGGCGAAUCCCGCAGGCCGCGCGGAGCGGGGCCGCCCGGGGCUCUGCACACCCCAGUGCGCGGGCCCAGAGGCCGGCCCGCAGGCCCGACCCCGCGGGCGGCGCCUGCAGCCCCCGCGGCCCGCCAAGCUGCUGCUGCUGCUGAGCUGCCCGGCCUUCCGGGCCCACUUCGCCCGCCUCUUCGGGGGCGAGGCGGCGGAGCAGUGGCGCUUUGCGAGCGCGGGACCGGAGGACGAGGUGUCGGAGGACGAGGAGGAGGAUCAGCUGAGAGCGCUGGGCUGGUUCGCACUGCUGCGCUUGCGGCCCGACUCCGAGGAGGAGGAGGAAGAGGAGGAGGAGGAGCGCGGGCCGGCGGUGGCCGUGGCGCCUCUCGGGGCAGUGCCCAAGGGCGCACCGCUGCUGGCCUGCGGCUCCCCGUUCGGGGCCUUCUGCCCGGACAUCUUUCUCAACACGCUAAGCCGUGGCGUGCUCAGCAACGCGGCCGGCCCGCUGCUGCUCACCGACGCGCGCUGCCUGCCAGGCACCGAGGGCGGCGGCGUGUUCGCUGCGCGGCCCCCGGGGGCGCUGGUGGCGCUGGUGGCUGCGCCCCUCUGCUGGAAGGCCCGCGAGUGGGUGGGCCUCACCCUGCUCUGCGCCGCCGCCCCUCUCCUGCGUGCCGCCAGAGCCGCGCUGGGCAGCCUGUGCCCAGGCUCCGGUGCCCUGGCCGCCCUCCUGCCGCAGGAGCUGAGCGCCCCGUGGGGACUGACCCUCCGAGAUCCAGGACCCCCGUGGGCAGCUGCGGCCGUGCUGGUGGAGUGUGGCACCGUCUGGGGCUCCGGAGUGGCCGUGGCGCCCUGCUUGGUGGUGACCUGCCGGCAUGUGGCCCCUCGGGAAGCGGCCAGGGUCCUGGUGCGAGCCGCGCCCCCCAAGAACGCUGCCAUCUGGGGACAUGUGGUAUUUGCCACCCAGGAGACCUCGCCCUAUGACGUAGCGGUGGUGAGCCUGGAGGAGGACCUACAUGAUGGCCCCCUGCCUGUGCCCGCCGAGCAUUUCCACGAAGGCGAAGCUGUCAGCGUGGUGGGCUUCGGCGUCUUCGGCCAGGCCUGUGGGCCCUCGGUGACCUCGGGCAUCCUGUCAGCCGUGGUGGAGGUAGAUGACACACCAGUGAUGCUACAGACCACAUGUGCCGUGCAUGGCGGCUCCAGCGGGGGACCCCUCUUCUCCAGCCGCACAGGACACCUCCUGGGCAUCGUGGCCAGCAACACCCGGGACAAUAACACAGGGGCCACCUACCCUCACCUGAACUUCAGCGUUCCCAUUACGGUGCUCCAGCCAGCCCUGCGGCGGUACAGCCAGACAGGUGACCUGGGCGGCCUCCGAGAGCUGGACAGUGCCACCGAGCCAGUGAAGGUGGUGUGGCGGCUGCAGCGGCCGCUGGCAGAGGCCCCGCGGAGCAAGCUCUGAGGCCGCGUCAGCCCUCUGGGGAGCAGAGCCACUGUCUUAUGCCACAGGACAGCGGAGGGCGGCCACCUUUAGGAUCCUGCCCAGGCACACCCCAGUGCGCUGCCUCCCCAUCCCCAUCCAUCUUGUUCAGCUCUGGAAUCCGGACCAAACUUGCCUUCAGCCCCAUGGGCCUCCAACCUGGCAGCCUGUUUUG